AUGGAGAAGAUCACUGACUUUGAUCCCAGGGCUACACAGUACUUGGAUACAUGUACUGAGCAGUGGUCCAGACAUCAGUUUGAGCCAGAAGUGUGUUGUGAUCAUAACACAACAAACUUUGUGGAAUCAUUCAAUGCUGUCACCAAGCCCUACAGGGAUUUACCAGUAUUGAGACUGUUUGAAGCUAUUAGGGAGUGGUCUAUGCAGAGAAUUGGGGUCAGAUUUGACAAAGCAGCAGACAUGGAGCCUCAACACUUAACUGAGCAUGCCAAAGUUGAACUGGAGUUGAGAACAGCUGAAUCCAGGUUUUGCUACUCUACUCCAUGUGGUGGUGGGGAGUAUGAGGUGAGGGAAGGCCAUGUGAAAUUCCCAGUCAACAUUGACAGGAGAACCUGUGGGUGUGGAGUUUGGCAGGUGUCUGGUAUUCCCUGCAAACAUGGUUUGAGGGUCAUUUACAACCAGAGACUAGACCCUCUGGACUUUGUGUCCCAUUUCUUCAAGGGUGCUGCUUAUAAGCUGGCAUAUGCAGAACAUAUGCACCCUAUGCCUGACCCUACUCAGUGGCCUGAGUUCAACCUUCCCACCAUUAACCCUCCUGGAAUUAAGAGGACUGCUGGAAGACCCCCUAAACAAAGAAAGAGGGGUGCUAUGGAAGCUAAGAAGAGGAAGAGGCACACUUCAGUAAAGUGUAGCAAAUGCAAGGAGAUGGGCCACAAUGCAAGGACUUGCAAGUCUGGCACUGGCAGUUCCAAGGCACCACCAAAACAGAGGGUUACAACAAGGAAGAGGAAAACUGGUGAUGAUGGAGCAAGCACAUCCAAGGCAGCACCAAAAGGGAAGAAAUCAAAGCAAGCAUGA